GACGGCUGGUCAGAGUGAGUUGCCUGUACACCCUGACCUGGUGGGGGUCGAUCCUGGGCAACCUGGCGAUCAGUUCGAUCGAAUCGGAGCGCUCUGAGAGAGAGGGCAGAUGCCAGGCUAUUGACAUCCCCAUGUGCCGGGACAUCGGCUACAACAUGACCCGCAUGCCCAACCUGAUGGGACAUGAGGACCAGCGCGAAGCGGCCAUCAAACUGCACGAGUUCGCGCCCCUGGUCGAGUACGGCUGCCACACUCACCUCAAGUUCUUCCUGUGCUCCCUGUACGCGCCAAUGUGCACCGAGGAGGUCUCCAUGCCCAUCCCCGCCUGCCGGGUCAUGUGCGAGCAAGCCCGCCUCAAGUGCUCGCCCAUCAUGGAGCAGUUCAGCUUCCGCUGGCCUGACUCCCUGAACUGCAACCAGCUGCCCAACAAGAACGACCCCAACUACCUGUGCAUGGAGGCGCCCAGGAACGGCUCCGAGGACGCCCCCCGCGGCUCCAGCGUCCUGCCGCCCGUCUACCGGCCCCACCUCCGGGGAGGAGGCAGCAGCCCCCAGGAGCUCUUCCCCUUCUCCCACGAGAGUCCCUCCAAGGCGGCCUGCGAGAACUACGACAAGUUCCACCGGGUGGAGAAGAGCGCGUCGUGCGCCCCUCUCUGUUCUCCCUCUGUGGACGUUUACUGGGCCGCUCAGGACAAGAGGUUCGCCUUCGUCUGGAUCGCCGUCUGGUCGCUGGUCUGCUUCUUCUCCAGCGCCUUCACCGUCCUCACCUUCCUGAUCGACCCCCAGCGCUUCAAGUACCCGGAGAGGCCCAUCAUCUUCCUGUCCAUGUGUUACUGUGUCUACUCUGUGGGCUACAUCAUCCGCCUGUUCGCUGGAGGGGACAGCAUUGCCUGUGACAGGGACAGUGGCCACCUCUAUGUCAUCCAGGAGGGCUUGGAGAGCACCGGCUGUACCAUCGUCUUCCUGGUCCUCUACUAUUUUGGCAUGGCCAGUUCCCUCUGGUGGGUUAUCCUCACACUGACAUGGUUCCUGGCUGCCGGCAAGAAAUGGGGCCAUGAGGCCAUCGAAGCCAACAGCAGCUAUUUCCACCUGGCCGCCUGGGCUAUCCCCGCCAUCAAAACCAUCAUCAUCCUGGUGAUGAGGCGUGUGGCCGGAGAUGAGCUGACCGGCAUCUGUUAUGUGGGCAGCAUGGACGUCAACGCAUUGACUGGCUUUGUGCUCAUCCCGCUGGCUUGUUACCUGAUCAUUGGCACCUCGUUCAUUUUGUCUGGCUUCGUGGCGCUGUUCCACAUCAGGAGGGUCAUGAAGACAGGUGGUGAGAACACGGAUAAACUGGAAAAACUGAUGGUGAGGAUAGGUGUUUUCUCGGUGUUGUACACUGUCCCCGCCACCUGUGUCAUCGCCUGUUAUUUCUAUGAGCGCCUCAACAUGGACUAUUGGAAGCUGUUAGCAACGCGGGAGAAAUGCAAAGGGGGCAACAAUUCGAAACCUCUGGACUGCACCAUGAGCAGCUCCAUCCCGGCGGUGGAGAUUUUUAUGGUCAAGAUAUUCAUGCUUUUGGUGGUGGGGAUCACCAGCGGCAUGUGGAUUUGGAGUUCCAAGACCCUGCAGUCUUGGCAGAACAUUUGCAGCAGGAGAUUCCGAAGAAGGGUCCGCAGGAAACCUGCCAGCGUUAUUACCAGCAGUAGUGGGGUUUCCUAUGGAAAAGCUCAACCUCCUUUGAAAGCACAUGGGAAAUAUGAACCCGCACUCCCACCAACUUGUGUUUGAAAUGAGUAUUGCCCCGAACAUGAGUUUUUCCCUCUCCUUUCCCUUUCUUAGUUUGUGUGUAGGGUUGGUCCAGGAGGCGAAUGACCCAAAACAGGGAAUCUGAACACAACUUGCCUACAGUGACAAUGUUAAGGAGAAAUAGAUUCCAUUGCUGGCAGCACUGCUAACUUGGGCUGGAUGCAGAGGUUCAAAUAAAGGUUAAACUAUUGGAGGAACCUGUGACAUCUAAAACGUUUGGAGCUCAUAAUCAUCAGAGAUGUGUGUGCUCCCACAGCAUGUGUUCUGCUGUAAUUCUGGAUUGACUUAACAGUUCAAUCAUCAUAUUUUGUCCAGCUCAGCAACUAUUUACCUUUUAAAAUGAAGCCUUCAGGGAUAAGUAGGGUCUCUUCAAAAGAUUCAGUAUCUUGUGGAUAAGCAAUAUUCUGCUGAAGAUGGGCAGUUUUAACAAUGUGCAAUAGUUUCUUUUUCUCUCUCUUUUCAACAAUCAGCUGCAGAUAAAAGGCUCACAAAGAAUCUUCUUCUGACAAAAGAACUUAGAGGUAUGGGCGACAGAAGUUCUUUAAUGACACAUUUUGCUUUCUGAUGGAAAUCAGGCCAGUGUCAGACAAGUUGAACUGAUUUGUAAAUGGGCGAUUCAAAGAGACCCACGAAGCUUAUCGACUCGUCUUAUUGUAAAGCUAAUUCUAGCCAUGAAUAGAUCAACAAGCACUAGAUAAAACAAAGAGUUUGUGUGGACAGGGAGCCCCUGUGAUCUUGUAGCUCUUCACUUGCUUUGUGAAGCACAUUGGGACAUUUGUAUAUAUUUGUAAAAUAUAAUUGUUGUCAAGUU